AUUGCAAAGUGCCUAGGGCAUUACGAAGCACAAGCGAAAUACAUAAAUUCUUAGACCCAUUUGAUGCAAUUGAUUUCAAACACCAGCGCUAUCAUUUCAAGGAAGCACUAUUCCCUUUCCUGAAACCGAAUCUUCUAUUUGAACAAAGAAAAUUAAUGAGUUCAAUCAAUUGGAAACUGCAUAAGGAAGCACAUAAAAGAUACUUACAUGAAGAACAACAACGCACCUCCUUGUACAAUGCAAUGUUAAAAUAUAAGGAAUAUCCUAGAUACUUUCCGUUUAUGCAGAAAAUGUGUGGUAAAGUUGAGAAUAUUGAUUUUGUUGAAUUCUUCCGAGUUAUGUACAUCAAGAAAGCUGCUGCUGAUGCUAAAAGAGAGAAGGAAGAACUCGAAAAAGCGCAGGAGGAAUUACUGAUAGGUCCAAGGAGAAGAAGAUUAAUGUCCGAGUGCCAUCGUCGAAGUUUGAGAUCCCAUUAUUAAAAUUGUUUAGUUAUAAUUUAUAAGAAAUUGUUUAUAUUUUCUAGUGUUAUUUAAAAGCUUUGUU